AUAGGCUCAUGGUACACCGGCCCCCUCUCAAUUUGGAAAUCGCCGCGUCACCUUCACCCUCCUUCCCCACCCUGCUCUCCCUAUAAAAAGCGUGCUCCAUCAAAUCAAAUGCAUCCAUUGAUGGCCUCCCUCCCGAAACCUGAUUACUUCUGCUCGCAUCUUCACCCUUCCCCCUUCUGUUGGAUCGCUUCACCCUCGAUUUCUUCGUGUUAUUGGUAGUCAUGCGAUCUCAAUAUUCAUCUUUCAGUGUAAAUCAUGAUCGUCUCUCUUCCUUAGGGUUUCUCCCAUCACGCAAAUGCUUCUUUCUCCCUGCUACUACUCGCAACCCUUUCAGCUCCUGUCUCUGUCGUCGCCGAUUCAGCUCUGCUUAUGCUACAAAGUUACAGAGAUCGAAGUAUGGAUGCACUUCGCGAGGCAAUCCUGUUCGAGUUGGAGCCAUGGAUGAGGACUCUCUGGAUAUUUCUGCACUUGAUGACUGGGGCGAAGAGGAGAGCGGGGGACACGUGCUGCCAUCUAGCGAUAGUGAAGAUAGUGAUGGGGAAAUUUUAAUAAAUCCUCUUAUUGAUGUUGAUUUGCCUAGUGGGAAUGAGCGAUUAAUUCAAUCUGAUGAGGCUGUAACGGUGACAGCUCACCGACUUGCAAUGCUCGGGAGAGGCUACAAAAAAAUCAGGAGUAAAUAUGGAAUUCUAAACAAUCUGGGGCUGAUAACAUUUGUGAUGAUGCUUCUUUCACUCAUGGAUUGGUGUGCAUGGCGGAUUGUCAGACUACCAUUAAUACCGUUUUAUUUAACUCGCCCGUUUUUAGUAUCUGCCGUUUUAGCAUCUUCAGUAGUGUAUAUUUGUGUUCCGUUACUUGACAGCUUGAAAAUUCAUCAAAUUUCCAGAGCAGAAGGGCCUGUAAGGCACAAAUCUAAAAAGCGAACCCCCACUAUGGCUGGAUUAUUUUUUGUACCGGUUGGUAUAAUUGUUGCAGAAGUCAUAGUUGGCUUUUCUUCUAUUGAACUUUCGGCAGCAGCUUUAGCAACCGUAGCCUUUGCUGCAAUUGGUUUUCUUGAUGACAUUAUAAGCUUUAUAAAGAAUCAUAAUUAUGGCUUAUCACCAUGGAUGAAAAUAUUUUUAGAGGUAGCUGUUGCAACAUGGUAUUCAUUUUGGUUGGAUACUGCAAGCAUAUCAUCACCCUACGGCAUGAAACUGUUGAUUCCCUUACCUGCGCCACUGGGUCUUGUGUGCCUGGGAAAAUAUUAUCUAUUCCUGACCUCAUUCUGUUUUGUUUCCAUGGGAAAUGGUGUUAACUUAACAGAUGGUCUUGAUGGUUUGGCUGGUGGGACUGCAGCAUUGGCUUUUAUAGGAAUGUCAAUUGCGGUGCUUCCUAUAUGUCCUGACCUUUCUGUUUUUGGAGCAUCAAUGGCGGGAGCGUGUGUUGGUUUUCUUUUGCACAAUCGGUACAAGGCGUCUGUAUUUAUGGGUGAUACAGGAUCCUUGGCACUAGGUGGGGCACUGGCUGCAAUGGCUGCUUGUACAGGAAUGUUCUUUCCUUUGUUCAUUUCAUCUGGAGUCUUUGUCCUGGAAGCGUUGUCAAUUAUAGGGCAGGUGUCCUACUACAAAGCCACGAAAUGCUUAGGAGGUGCCGGGCGCCGCUUGUUCCGGAUGGCACCCUUUCAUUAUCAUCUUGAGUUAUGUGGAAUCAAAGAACCCAUCAUUGUUGCAGUUGCAUAUUUUGUAUCGAGCAUCUUGGCCAUGACUGCUGGAUAUGUAGGUCUUAUUUCAGCUUGAACUCCCAGAAGAAUUUCAUCCUAGCUAAUCUGUCAAUGUCAUUGGUUCUCCUUGCUCUUUGUCCUUUGCCUAAUCUUUUUCCCAUCUUGCAUCUUGAAUUUGCCAUUUUUGCUAUUGGCUUUUGGAAAUCAACGCUUGAGUAACAGAAUUCAUGUACACAUUGAAUUUGUUUGUGCCAUUUUUGACUCGAAUUUUUGCUGAUGUUAUGUUUGGGGGUAUGGAUUUUGGUAGUUGAUUUGGAUUCGUGGGUAUGAAAUUUAAUUUAAUUUUAUAUUAUACUUUAUUCAAAUUUAUACAUAUUCAAAUUUAAG